CCAUGCAAACCAUAUUUAGUGUAUGAAAGCUUUUGCACUGUUUACACGGAGAGGAUACACACCAGAAUUGUGUGUUCUUUACGCGAAUAGUCUAAACACUAAUAGACAGCACUUCUACAUUUUGUUUUCUAUUAGAGGCUAUUUAAUUUACCAUGCAGGAGUAAAAGUGAAAGCAAGAUGAAGAUUGCAGUGCUUGGAGCUACAGGACAGACCGGGCAGAAUCUGGUAAAUCAGGCUCUCCAGCAGGGACACAGGAUCACAGCCAUCGUGAGGAAUCCUUCUAAACUGACAAUAAACCAUGAAAACCUUAAGGUGGUCGAAGCAAACAUUUUUUCUACAGACAGUCUGAAGCCACACUUUGAAGGACAGGAUGCUGUUAUGUCAUGUCUUGGAUUCGCACCAUCUCUUUUCUCUGGUAUCACCGGCUACACUGAGUCUAUGACGGCAACCCUCGAUGCAAUGCGAGAAGUCAAAGUGAAUCGAAUCAUUACAAUGACAUCAUGGUACACGGAACCUAAUUCAGGGAGCAACUCUCCUUUCUACAUUCGCUUCAUGCUGCUUCCGAUAAUUCGUAGUGUUUUGAACAACAUGUAUGAGAUGGAGAGGCUUUUGGAGAAGACUGAGGACUUUAAAUGGACCGUUGUCAGGCCACCUGGGCUACAGAAUACUCCAGUUACAGACAAAGAAUUCCAGACCCAUGAAGGUUUCUAUGUCCCUGAUGAGAAUGGGUUCCCUGUUGGCCAGACUGUGUCAAGAUCAGAUGUGGCACGUUUCAUGCUGUCUCUGCUCAGCAGCAACACCUGGAUAAAGAAGGCAGUUUCUAUCAUCUCUAAGUGAAGUGGAAGCAUGUUUUAACUAACGUAAGCAGAUGAAUUUAAAAAGUUUUGCUAUCUUUAUUUUGUUUACAUGUCCUGUUAUCCUGAUGAGAUUUUAUUUCCAGUUCUCCAUAUUUAGAAAUUUGCAGCUCUUGCAGCUUUUUAGAGCAGGUUGAAAAAUAGUUAGAUUUUUUUUAUGCAAGAAUCUAUAUGAAGCGUUAAAAUGUCCUUUACAAUUAAACCAAAUUGCAUUUUAUCACAGUUCUUAAAGUAAAUAUAUGUUUAUAUAUAGUUAUUAUUCUCUGCUGCUGUUGUCAUUGACAGAGAAACAAUUUCUCUUUUAAUAACUUUUUAAGAAACAUAACCUGCCCUUAAAUUAUAAAAGAUUUGAGCAGACACAACACAUGUUGUGUGUAUUUGGGGGAAACAUUUUGUCUGUAUCUUUUAUUGCUCUGUUUUGUCUUCUACUGGAAUAACAGACUAGAUUUUUUCCCUCACUGAAUCUUACAGUUUAAUUACGAAUUAGAGUUGAAUCACUAAAUCUUUCAGUUUAACUACGGCCCAGUAGUGGAGUUUAAAGUGUUUUAAGUCUGUAUUUUGUAAUACGAUUUGGUUAUAAAAUGCCUUAAAUUAUGCAAUCUAUAAUUAAGAUUAUUUUGCACCAUGUGCUCCACUGUGGUGCAACAAAAACAAAUCGCUGUAAAAUUGUGAAUUCAACUCCUCACAAUCCAUCUGAGGUAUCUCUAUCAAUCUCUAUCAUCUUACUAUCUCUAUCAAUCAUUAACCAAUCAAGAGCAUUUAUGAGGUCAUGAAUUCAAAAUGGCAGUUAGCACACUCAAAAAGCUUGAUAGAUCUUCAGACAGAUGAAUAUACUGCCAGCACUAAUAGGUUUUAGGUCUAUUUGCUACAAGUUUCUCAAAAGCAAUCUUUUUUUAUAGUAAACAUUCAGUUAAGGCACAGAAGAAUAGAAUAGCAAUGAAUUGAGUAAUUAAUUAGUAUGAUUAUGCUUUACUAGUACUAGUAUACUACUAUUAUACUAGUGCUGCAAGUAUAUAAUGAUUAUAAAACAGAUUAUAAACAGAGAACUUAGAACCAUUAUCAGGUCAAGUGAAAGGAAACAUAUUGCCAUUCAUUAUUAAAUAUAUUUAACCUAUAAAAAUAUUUCCAAGCGUAGUAUAUAUAUUUGGGAAGUUCUAAAUUUAACUGUUUGGUUGCCAGCAUCACUGUUUUAUAUGCUGCACAUUGCUGUAUGUUGCAGGAGUUUUUUUUUUUUUUUUUUGCCAAAGAUUAGUCUCACAUGACUAGAUAGUGAUGCAACCUCACAGCUUUCUGGGCAUGUCGAUUAAUCAUAGCCUAAUUGUCUAAAGCUUGAUUGACCGAGAAAGUCAGUAAUGGGCAUUUAAUUUGGACUUUCUAUUUAGUUUAAAUGUUGUAACAGACCUAUAACACAACUAUAUACUUUAUAUUAUUAUUUUGUUAGACUUAGUUAGUUUGUAGGUUUGAACAUAAAGAUAAGUAGCGUUUAAAAUGAAUAAGAAACAAUACUUUUUUCUUUUAUUUCUGAAUCACUAAAUGUCAUUUUUGACAUACAAAUACGUGUGUGUGUGUGUGUGUGUGUGUGUGUGUGUGAGUGUGUGUGUGUGUGUGCGUUUUGCAGCAAAAUGUAGAUACAUUUCGGUUUGUCUUGAGCUAGCUUGGACUACUUUAAAUACUUUGUAAAUUCAAACUACAUUUUGUUUGUAUUAAAGGUAUCUAUGUAUCAGA